AUGGUGAAACUUUUUAGGGAUAGUGUGACCCUAUCGGAUAUUUGGGUGUCGUCGAAUGGCAAGUUGAGUGACUUUUACGCGUCGUCAUGGCAGCGGGGGGAUUCGGCGCUGCCGCUGCUGGUGCUGCGGCUGCUGCUGGCGGCGGCGGCUGUGGGCAUCCUGGCGUGGUCCGUGGCCGAGGGUGCCAGCCCCUACUGGCUCAUCUACCUCACCAACUGGGGCCUGCUCAUGGUCACCAUGAUGACGCUCAGCGGACUUCUGGUAUCGGGCAUCAUAUUUGUAAAGAAACCUUCUGAAACAUCGGAUUCGGAUAUACCUUGGUACAUAAGCAUGUACUGGCUGCUGUACAACUCCGCAGUCAGCCUCGCCAUCAUGAUCACAGCGCUCUACUGGAUCCUGCUCUACGACUCGGAGUUAUCUGCUGAAAGCCCGCGAAUGUUCUGGCUGGACCUGUCGACGCACGGAUUCAACUCGUGCAUCGCGUUCCUGGAGGUGGCUCUCUCGCGCACGCCCGUGCGCUUCCUGAACUUCUACCAGCCGCUCGGGAUUGGCCUCUGGUACGCGGCCUUCACGGCCAUCUACUACGCUGCGGGAGGGACUGACGCAAUGGGUAAUCACUACAUCUACGAGAUACUAGACUGGAAAUACGGAAAGCGUGCCGGGGGCAUAGUCGGCAUAUCGAUAGCGGGUCUGCUCGCGAUCUACGCUCUGCUUUGGGCGCUGGCCCUCUGCCGGGACAAGGCGUCGACGUCGCUCGUGAGGACCACCAGCCAAGCCCUGCAAGCCACGCCCCCUGACGACAUCUUACACACGAGAAUAGUUUGAUAGUUAGUUUAGGUAGUUGUUAUUUUGUUUGCUACUACGGGAGGGCCAGUAAUGAGCACUACAGUUCAAUGUUCUUUUAAAAUAUCUGCAAGGUCUCCGUUACCUUACGAUUCUUUUAGUCCUUAAUUUUGCCUGUUUUAAUAAGCAAACUUGAGUUAGUUGAAAUUGCAUGCUGAAAUAGGCAAACGUUUUAGUUCUGUAAUAAAUGUACUUACAUGGCUCUUGAAACUAUCAUCCAUAAGGAGCUUACAGACAGGAACGAUGUGAUAAUCUGUACUUAAUACAGUGACCAAGGUACAGUGCAGUAUUAAUUUAAAUUUCCAUUGUGUAACACAUUCCAAAUAGUAACUAUAAGGUGUAUAUUUUUAAACAUUAAUAGGUAAUAAUAAAACUACUAUAUUAUAUGAUAUUUUAUGUUACAAAAGGUUCAAUGUACUUCUUUCUCUUUGUUUAUAAUUGAACUUUACUACUUUAUUUUCUUACACAGCAGAAAGACACGGUUGUGACAUUUAUGGGUGAAAAAGUGAUAUUUUUAUGACUUUUAUUAAUCCUCGAAGAUGACGACUGACUCACGGGCCUAGGCCAAGUGAGCCGCGUUUGCUGGAUUGGGGUAGGUAUUGGGUGUUAUCGUCCUGCAAGAACUUCCUAACUAUAAAUAUUAUUAUUAUAAUCUCAAGUUCUGAAACUAUAUUCGUGAUGAUCGUGUUGUAAAAUUCAUAUUUAGUUACCCUGUAUAUCAGGAUAGUGAUAUAACAUACAAUAUUAUUGCGUUAGUGCCCACAGGCCAACCGCCACAAAUAGAUUGCCUGUCAACUGACAGAACAAUUAAAUCAAACAAGGUGAUUUGUAGACUCAGAUUUUGGAAUUACUUAUUUUAAAAUGAAUGAAUUACUUACAAUUACUUAUUUUAAAAUGAAAUGACACUAACCGCAAAUCUUUUACAAUAAAAUAUUACAUCGGAUUUAAAUCAUUUGUUCCUUGAAUAGAGGAGAUAUUUUCGUUAGCUAGAAGUCUCCAUAAAGUAUAAGUCGCAUUUCCGCUCUUAUUUUAUAUGUAAAUAAUAUUAUAUAAAGUAAAUAAAACAGUCGUUUAGGAUUAUCUAGAACAUUUAUUAUUUAAUAGCAAAAUCUGAAUUCAAACACAAAGCAACCAAUUAAUAUAAUGAUUAAUAACAAACUAAUAAUUAUGAUAUGUGAUUUAAUAAUAAAGUGACUUAGUAUGUCUGUA